GAUUUUCGUAAUAAAAUUGACAAAAUUUAAAAUAAAACGAUUACUUAAAACGUUCUUCUUACCUAAACAGAGACGUAGUGAAAACACGAAGGGUUACAGAAUGUGAUGUAGGGGUAAAAAUUACGAUGGGAUUACGAAGUGAUUUAUUAGAAAAUCAAGCACAACAAUAACAUAACUAAGAAUGACAUUUGCAAAGUUAAUUGGUAGCUUCUAGAACUGAAUAACAUUCUGGAUAGAUGCCAUAUUCCCCGCGUUUCUUAGCAAUACAAAUGCAGUAAAGUGCCGCUCUUUUAGCUACAAAGUAUUUAUGAUUAAGAAAGUUGGGGAAAAUCAUACCCUUAUUAUUCGCUUACAUUAACAUUGAAACUAUUUGAACACUAACAAUUUUUUCUUGACCUACGUAUGCUGAAGAUCGUUCUUCUACAUUAUCCGUAACCAAAAAUCCAAAAGGUUCUUAUCUCGUUUGCUAUAGGAAUAAAAAAAAAUUUAAUUUCUUUUUGUAAUGUUUUGAUGUCUUGAUGUACAACUGCUAUUUCUCGACUUCGUUACGCAAAAUAAAUGUGAUAUUUGAAAUCCUCAACCGAAACGUCAUCAAACAAAGAACAUCUUCAACCAGGUUUUUCAAUUAUGUGAUAAUUGACCUCUGCUUGAAAACGGAGCUUAUUAGUGGAAGUCGAAGAUUAGGAAGACUUUGAGUGUAUAAUCAAUACCGCUAAAAGCAGCAUUUUCGCAUGUCAGGUUAAGGGGCUGUUCAUAUGGAGGCGGGCUGGCUCGGUUGACCGGGCUGUCUCGGCUGAGCGGGAUCUAGCUGCUAUUAAGAAACACAUGAAAAAAUAAAAAUGUAUUCAUAUGAUAAUUGAGCCAGCCCGCCUUGCCGAGAUCUCGAUUGUUUGUACCGAGAUCUUGGUCAGGCGGGAUCUCGCUGUUCUUAAGAAACGCAUAGAAAAAUAAAAAUGUGUUCAUAUGACAGGCGAGCUAGUCCGCCUAGGCGAGAUUAAAUUAACAAUAGAUUUAAAAAAAUUCUCAUCAAUUAUUUAAGUUUUGAAAUAUAUUCUUUUGUCUUCAUUGUUUAUGAAUCUUUUGUGAAACGUAAACAACUUUUCCAUCCCGGCUGACCGAGAUGUAAAAAACUUUAUAUGAAAAUCACCCCGGCUAGCCGAGCCAGCCCGCCUCCAUGUGAACGGCCCCUAGUUAAAAAUUUAUUCACGCACCAAUUUAAUGAUGCUGAAGAUGGAAGUCAAAAUAUCAAAAUUAUAAAAUUAUGAAAUCAGGAAUCGUCUAUUAGGCCAAAAAGACUUGAAAUUUAAUCUUUUGCAAUCGCGGAAGGAUUGACUCGAACUGUUAUUGUUUGCUUGAUGAAUAUAUGAUGAUGACCUAUAGUAAAUAUUUUUCAUUCUUCUUAAAUGUAACUUAUGUUUGUUGAAAGCUGUUAAGUAUCUUCCCUUACUCUUCAAUAAACAAAUAAAAAAAAUAUUUAGGUAAACAAAUUAAUGUAAAUACUCGUGUUGCGUCUGUUUAAUUGCAAAAAUAAAUGGCGCGCUUUGCUAUACAAACGUGGUUAUGCUGUUUCUUUCUCUUCUUCGUUCGAGUGGACUGCUUGAAGUGUAAAUACUGCUACAGUAAGGGCUCUAUGGAUGAGUGUGUUUCCAAAUCUUCAAAAAUCACCUGCGGUGGAGAUGACAUAUGCUACUCGGCUUCAACAUCUACGUAUGGUAACUUAGAGAUGGCGUUGAAAGGUUGCGUUAAAAAAGAGAAAUGUGACAGUUAUACGUUAUGUGGCACAGUGGAAUCAUUUUGUCAGUACAAAUGCUGUAAAGAUGUUGACUAUUGCAAUUCGUCAUCCGUACUUCAAACUAGAACAUGGCUUGGUGUUGUGUUUAUAUGUCUUAUGUUAGUCGUUCUGUAAAACAUUUUUUUAUAAAAAACAAUUCUGUUGCAGUCUUUACGUGAAUUUCUAUUUACAUAAUUUCUAGCACAAUGAGACUGAUUUCGGUGUUGGUUUCAUUUAGAUCUUGGAAGCUGGUCUAAAAAACCGAAACAAAAUACCGUUUUGCCCUCAAAAUAUUCAUGUAAACACGAUUUACCCGAGAAGAAAGUAAUACGCAUG